AUGGAACAAAAAAUGCAACACUAUGAACAGUAUCACGAAGUGGACGGCUAUUACAUCAGCAAGAGCUUUCCAGAAGAAUGCGUCCGCUCGGCGCUCAGCUACAAGACGCAACCGGGGGACCUGUUCAUCGUCAGCUACCCCAAGUGCGGGACAACAUGGAUGCAGCACAUUGUUUAUAACAUCAUAAAUGGCCAUCCACCUCCCAAGAACCAGCUGUUGAGCUGGAUAGAGAUGCCAUUCCUCGAAGCCCAAGGGGCCGAAUCUGUCGAGGACAUGCAGAGACCGGGACCAAUCAAGACACACAUGGCUUUCCGCUUCCAACCCUACUCGAAAGACGCCAAGUACAUCUACGUAGCGAGAAACCCGUAUGACUGCUGCGUGUCUCAUUUCUACCACACCAGGAACGCGCCCAUCUACCGCUUCCAAGAAGGCACGUUCGAUCAGUUCUUCGACAUGUUCGUGGAAGGCAAGGUCGAUGUUGGCGACUACUUCGACCAUUUGCUGUCUUGGCAUGCACACAGAAACGACCCGAACGUCUUGUUUGUAACCUACGAGCAGCUUAAGAAGGACAUCAAUGCUUGGGUCGUGAAGAUUGCUGAUUUCAUUGGAGAAGAGUUCGGCCAGAAGCUUCGGAGUGACAACAGUCGGUUAGAGAACGUAUUACUGAACAUUAGCGUUAAAAACAUGAAGGAAAUUCUCAAUGAUUCUAUGAAAACCUUAUUUGAUGAUCCCGAGACCGCACUCGGCAGUAAGGUGCCCAAAUGGAUCGCACUUAUGAGGGAAUCGAUAGGAGCUGACGCCUGCGAUAGGCCAAUGACAGGUGAUUUUGUUCGGAAAGGCGUCGUCGGUGAUUGGCGGAACCACUUCUCGGAAGACCAGGUGAAGCGAUUAAAGAAGCGAAUUCAUGAGAAGACGCUAGGCAGUGAUGUCAUGGAUUUGUGGAAGGACGCCGAUAUUCCGCACGGAGUGUUUAAUGCUAAACUUUGGGCGAUUUCGCGAGGCUCGUAAUAGUUAUGAAAACCGAACGGAUCAAGUACUGCUUCCUUACGCUUGGUGAUGUUCCGUUAUUUCCCUUGCGCUUAUAUAGAAUAAACGAAAGUGCUAGGGGAAUUUUCGCACAAAUAGAGAUUGGAUAUUCAACGUAAGAGUUCUACAAGUGCACGAGUUUUUCUGUUUACCAAUGCCUCAUGUGUGUCGUGCGACCCUUAACGCUAUUUAAUUUUCUAACUCAAUUGUACUUAGAAAGUAUUACUCCGUUCCCUUCUAGCCACACGACCACAAUA